UUCUUUCUGUCACUGAAACAGCUGAAAGUACGAACUCUCAUCCGUCUCCAUCCCCAAAAUCCAGAAGCUUUUUAGGGUUUCCAUUUCCAUUCGCAUCUUAAAUCUGCUCCGAUUCAUUCUAAUUAAACCGUUGUUUUAUCUUUUUUUUUUAUCAGACAGACUCGUGAGAACUCUAUGAUGGUCUGUGAGGAAAACGUUGGGAAUGAAUCUCUUGUUCUGAUAAAACAAGGAGCCGAAGCUAGGGUGUUUGAGUGUACGUUUGCCGGAAGAAAAUCCAUAGUGAAAGAACGAUUCUCGAAGAAGUACAGACACCCGAUUUUGGAUGCAAAACUCACACUUAGGCGCUUGAAUGCGGAGGCUAGGUGUAUGACAAAGGCAAGAAAGCUUGGGGUUUGUACACCAGUACUCUAUGCCGUGGAUACUGUGCUUCACUCCUUGACACUUGAGUACAUUGAGGGCGACUCUGUUAAGGACAUUUUCCUUGACUUUGGAGCCAAUGGGAUUGUUGAGGAACGGUUAGAUGAUGUUGCUACUCAGAUUGGGGCUGCCAUUGCGAAGCUCCAUGAUGGUGGCUUGGCUCACGGUGAUUUGACCACAUCAAAUAUGCUAGUCAGAAGUGGAACGAAUCAGCUCGUACUAAUCGAUUUUGGCUUGAGUGUCACAUCGACCUUACCUGAAGACAAAGCUGUUGAUUUAUAUGUACUUGAAAGAGCCUAACUCUCAAUGCACUCUUCAUGCGGGAAUGUGAUGGAUCGUAUACCGACAGCGUACAGGAAGUCGUCGAAGCAAUGGUCAGCCACGUUUAACAAGCUUGCACAAGUAAGGCAACGAGGGAGAAAGAGGACUAUGAUUGGAUGAGCCAAGAUAUUUAUUGAUCAUGUUGAUGCAUAUGGUUUAUUGAUUGGUACUGAAGCUAGUGAAGGUGAUGUUGUUGUUGAAGAACAGAAGGGACCAUUGAAUGUGAAUGUCACAAAAGAGUGUCAUGAGGCUGCACUAAGAUCAGAUCCAAAGUCUCCCUAUGUGUGGGUUAGAAAAUGGUUUGAGAAUGCCAGCCAAUGUUUGGUCACAACAGCUGAGGAAGAAGGAAGAAUAAAAACAGAGUUGGAUUUGAGAAACUUAUGAUAAUGAUUCGUUUCGUUACGGUGUCUUCUUCUUCAUUGUUUUUUUUUUUUCGAUUUGCUGAGAAAGAAAGAAAGAAACAAAGGAUGAUAAUUUUCUUGGCAAUUUUCAGGAAAUUUUUUAGUACUUUCCUAAU